GUGAUCUGAAAAAUCGUUUUCUUCUUUCUCUACGUCACGUGGAAACGUAAAUGAAACCUAUAAGUAGGUGGACUACGUCAAAACUUGUCGACAAAAAGAUUGCACCAUAUUUCUUCAUCCUCUUCCUCAUUAGACAACGAACUGCAACAGAUCCCCGCUUUUUUUGUUUCCACCAAACCGGCCAAAAGUAGAACAGGAGGUUUUCUCACCAGAAGGUUUCACAAACUACACACAGCCGGUUUUCUUACCAGUAGACACCUUGUCUGCCCCUUUCGUGAAAAAAUGACAAAGGGUGCGAAAAAUCUUACCGCUGUUACCGCCCUCAGUGGGGGGGGUGUUCGCGGCGCAGAAGAACAAGAAGGUGACGACGGGCGCAACCCACCAAUGGAGCGGGAGUGAGUUGGCCGGAUCUUCGGCGUUGAUAUGCACCGCAAAUUUGUCUGGGUCGGGAAGAAUGCACACAUCUGUCGUGCACAUGCAGUUUUUUGAUCUGCCAGAAGGUCUGGAAGGCGCGCAGAGAACAAAAAGUUCUGAGCAAAAGCUCUUCCAUGCCUAGGCUGCGGGAGAAAUGCCCGCUUCUGGGGACGAAAGCCGUGGCUUUUUUGAUUUUUCAUGCGAGACAUACUUCGGCACUUCUUGUUCCUUGCGUUAGCUCCAAAUCCAAAGGCCAAGUGUGGUGCAUCCUUCCGGUCCCAGACAUGUUUGCAAUUGAUAGUCGAUGGAGGUCGACCACAAGAGAAACACGGACUGGAGUCAACUGCAAAGUCGACUGCAAAGCUGGAAACGUAUGUCUAUAUAUAAAGUUCUUAGGAAUUCAUGAUACUGAUGAUGAACAGCAAGAAGGUAGCUUUUUUUGAAUUUAAAUGGGUGCAUGUAUGAAGUGGUGACGUAUUAGAGUAGUGAUUCUGGUGAAAGUAUAAAAACACGAGCGACCCUCACGCACCUCAUUUAGAUUUACUUAUUGUCCUAGUGUCUAGCCUCGAGACCAGCCCAAGAAGAAAACUUAAACAUGACAGAGGACCGCGUUCUGGCAAUUGAGGGAGCAGUGGAUUCAAUUGAGGGAGCAGUGGAUUCCCUGCGGGGCAUCUUGCGGCCGGACGUUGGUCUGUACCGGACGACGACGUUCGAUCCGUCGAUCGAUCCGUCCAAACUGCGUCUUCGGUGCGACCCCGAAUGGCUCCGUGCGGCACGUGGGUGUCGAGACAAAGCGUCCUUUGUGUCGGUGAAAUGGUGCGACACCAAUUACGAAAAAUUAAAAACUUCCUACGACAAAUGCUGCAGCGACGACUGGAAGAGUUUGGUACAAACGUGCCAACAACCGCAAACCACCAACGACGAGUGCCAGGAAUAUCAAGAUGGUUCAUUUUACUGGUUUAAAACGUUCGGAUGGGACCCAGAUAUGUGCCCGUGACUCACGCUUUUACUUUUACAUGACGCCUCCUCUUUUCAAAUAACUUAACAAAUCACGAUAUCUGACUUUGCUUGCUAAAUCUACUCAAUAGGAAAACAUGAAGCGUGUACAUUAUAACGCCGCACUAUUCAUCUCAGUAAGUAAUCAUGACGCAUCUGGAUCUGAAUAUAUAAGAAUCUACAACAACUUCACUUUUUGAUUUUGCAUUUUUACAUACAAAUUUCACUAAAGCCAACAACUCUGCAUGACAUUUCUCUCUCGCAACAGCGAGCACAUGAUCAAUAUUAUACUGCGUUUUUCUGUCACAAAUUUUAGCUUUUAUUUUUCAUUUUUUUCCAAAAACCCACUUCCAGCACACAGUAAGAUUCCUAGCAAUGCAUCUAUCUUUCUAUAUCGACGAACGAGACGCGAAGAGACGCAGCUGCGUCUUUUUCGAAGCCUCUAGAGCAUGAUGGUAUCCCUCUCGCAGUCGACAAAGGACCGUAGAAACACAUAAAAAGCGCAUCGCACUCCUUACCAAGACAAGUCGGCUUUUUCACCCCUUCUCGUUGCAACCCAACAUUGGAAGGCUGCUUUAUUCAUUUGUUUUUUUCUCGGCUGCGAUCUUUCUUUGAAGAUUCGUAAUUCUUUUCGUUUUACGUCGCUUCUAGGACACAAACCAAUCCGCGCAUUUCUUGCCAGUCGGACGUAGCGAAUGAAAAGCGAAUGAAACGUAGCAGCAUAACUUCCACAGGCUACCCAACCCGUAGUACAACAUCACUUUUUCUGCUUCCCCCCCCAAGCCCAACGAGAAAGACAUG